AUGCAGUUCCUGAAGCGGCCUCGUCCACCGAAGCCGGUGCCGCGUGACCGCGAAGGUGCGAAGAGGCGAGGCGAAAAACAGCUGGAAGAGGUUUCGGCGUUUUUCCUACAGAAGAGCUUGCCGGAAGGUUUUGGCGCGUCAGGUCGGAAGAAGCCUGUUGUCAGUUGUCCAUCGAGCCUAGAUGGAGCAACGGCAGACAGCUCUGCCUCCAAUCUUGAAGCGCCACUGCAUCAUUUCAAUUUGAGUCAAAAGAAUGAGCACCAGCCAUCUGACCAAGUGAGAGACAUGAGCAGAGGAACAACUCAUUACACCUGGUCAAGUAGCUACGCACCGCUUGACCCAGGAACUGCCAGGAUGAGCGAGGUUGAAGUGCAGAAAUCUGUACAGAGUUCUACUCCGCCACGAAUACGAGACACGCUCGAAAAGACCGCCAUGAGUUGCAGUGACAGACGCCCGAAGCUGAUGAACGGAAUCAUGUCCCGCUCCAAGGACGUUUCUGAUGAAAAGCCACAGGCUGUAUUUGCCGAUAGUGUUAAGGUUCGACCAAAUGCGCCGAGGCAGGAAGUCCGCAUUGUUCGAUAUCACGAUCGAGGAAUGAUGGCUAGCGAAGAGGCUGAGGCUACUGCUGAGAGACGCACAAGACCCACAGAAACCCCACGAGAUGCUAUGCAGUAUCCCACACAGACACCUGCCAGGUUUGAGGCUUCCGCGGGUUGUGCCAAAUCUUAUGAGGUUUCUCCUGAAGAUGAAGCAUUCAGUCGCCCCUAUGAAGCAGAAGAUACUCAAACGGCGAAGGGUUUUCAUGCGGCAGACCAUGGUACCAGACCAAAACGCCCAAAGUCGCCGAAGUGGACCAUGGUUGAGCAGUUGGAGGCGGCAGUCGAAAAUGUCGAGUCACAGAAAUCGCAGAGUGGUCUGCCUAGGGCUUCGAGUUCUCUGGCAGUCCAGGAAGGCGUGCACUUAGCUCCCAGCCACUACAAAACUUCUGUUCCCGGAAACUACAACGUCUCUCAGCAAGGCCAUCUCGAAUUCAACCCGGCUCUCUUUGGCGAUAGGCAGCUAGAUCUGUUCGAGGCAGGUCAAGAGCAUAGUCACCUUGUAACAGUCACUGACCUCCCACAAGGCGGCCAGCAAGCUUAUAAGGUCAGCCUGGCUCCGAAAGUCGCUUUGAAGCCGACGUGUGAGGAAUCCGGUCAGGUGCACAAGGCAGGAUGGCCAUCAUCUGACGCCCGGACAUUGUCGAGUGCUUACCGCAAGCCAUCGAAGGUUUCCCCGAUGGAUCGUUCCGCACUAGAAAAUCAUUACACUGUCCAGACGAUUCCUUCCGACAGUGAUAACAACCCGAAUAUGGUACCGCUGCUGAACAAUUUUGGCGCUGGUGGGUAUGGACAGCCUGUGAGGAACCACGUCUCUUCCAAAGAACAAUUUAUGUCACCAGGAGAUACCGACUUGUUACAACAGAGGUCAAGUCGGCGGCAGAGCUUGGAAGAGUACAUUGCUCAAAUGGAAUAUGAAGUGUUGAGUCGUCCGCAGCAAGAUGACGUUGAGAGCGCUUCUCCGACAUCGAGGUGGUGUGAGCUGCCAGAAGGCAGUGCGGCACAUUUAGAAGAUACGCCCCGGGCACCUCACUCGUACGUCGGCUUGCAUGGCCAGGGUCUGUGGCAAGACGGUCAUUUCAACGACCGAUCAAUCAGCGGAGUUUAUCAUGGUGGUCGGGAUGUGAUAAACGAUCCGGAAAGUGACCAAGAAGAACAGAGAUUCAUGUCGACUUUCUGGCGGCCGAAUCGAUGUUGA